CAAGAUGGCCGACACAGGGUAGUACUGAAGGGCACAACAACAAUCCAUACGGUCUUUAAGUCAUCAUUCGGCAUUAUUUUUUGUCCCAGCGAUGACAAUCACAUAGGCUUUAAAGAUCUAUAUCAAUACCCAUGGAGGACCAACCUCCUAAGCCCGAGGGGGCAGUAGCCUCGCCCGCGCCAGUGACCAGCGCAACUGUCCGAAGAUCACGGCCCGGAUCACGCACCACUCAAAGCUCAAACGGAGAUGUCUCCUUAAAACUAACUGACAAUCAGCCAGAUGACCAACACGUGGACGAUGUAUUGGACUGGACACAAAAGCUGAAUACUUCAGACCUUGAUGAGGUCCCCAGCAGAGGAAAAAAUGUGCCAAACGAGGACGAGCUACCUCCAACACCUAAAACUCCAGGGGGGACGAAGAUUUCUCUUCCCCACCUUACCCCCGGUACUGCUCAAAUUGCUCGUAUUCCUUCCCCACCACCGGAGUGGAAGCGGGAGCGAGAACUUACUCUGAUGACAAGACGCUCGGCUAAGGGAAAGUUCCCACCAAAAGUCCGUCUGGCGACAGUUUCCAUGUCAGCUCGCUCAAAGGCCUUGACGAAAAACCCCAGUAUGUAUUAUGAANAUUUAUCCUAUGAAGUGGACGAAAUCCGAAGAUGA